AUGGUGCGACGGAAGGUCAUUAUCGACACAGACUGUGGAGGAGAUGAUGCCAUUGGAAUCAUGAGCGCCAUGACGCAUCCAGAAGUAGAGAUUCUGGCCAUCCUGGCUGUCUGGGGGAACGUGGAUGUUGAGCAGGGGAUGGAAAAUCUUGGAAAGUUACUCGACCUGUAUGGACGGGAUAUUCCCUUCUAUCGCGUGCCGCUGACCACUUG